UCCACGAUUUGGGAAUCUUUGAAAGCAUAUGCCGGAUUUGUCUGUAAACAGACAAAGAAUGAAGCUAGAAUAAUUAUCUCUUGAGCUUACGCAACUUCUCCCGAUCCUAAAAAGAGACUCAAACUUCAGAUUUUAUUUUCAACUCAUCAAAAAAAAAAAAAAAAAAAAAAAAAACUGUGUAGCCUACAGUUCACACGAUCAGAAUGAGAGGGGGAAAACCCGGAACCAAGGAAGGACAAUAAAAUGGAGACGAUCCCUGUUUUCCCUGUUGCUGAUGUAGUAGCCUAAAACUUGAGAAGUGAAACCAAAAAAGUAAAAGUAAAACAGGCAUUUCGCCAUUUUGAUGGGAGAUUAUUUUACAUUUUAGAAAAAUAAACGUCCUUUCUAUACGUCUACAGUGCUCAAGCAGGAAUCUACGAAUGGAGACUUUUUGAUCUCGGGUCAGAGGAGGACAUCAGGCUCAUCAGGUCCAUCUGUGCUGCUCCAGGAGGACUGAACCAUGAAUGUUUCAAAUAAACUGAGAGAUGGAGAUUGUGCUCCAGAAUGCAGUUUGAUGCAGAAAGAGAGAUCAGACUCACCACAACCCAGCUGUGUGUCCAUGAAGAGUAACCAGUCAAUGGGACAUCCAAUAACGUUCAAUAAUGAAAGAGUUACUCCUAAGAUUAGUUCAGUUCAGAAAGAGAGAUCAGACGCAGCAGGACCCAGCUGUGUGUCCAUGAAGAGUGACCAGUCCAUGGGACUUCCAAUAUCAUUCAAUAAUGAAAGAGUUUCUCCUGAUAUAAGUUCAAUUCAGAAAGAGAGAUCAGACUCAGCAGGACCCAGCUGUGUGUCCAUGAAGAGUGACCAGUCCAUGGGACAUCCAGAAACAUUCAAAACUGGAUUUCACCCUAAUAUUAGAGUACAGCAGAAGGAACCAGUAAAUGAACAGCUAUGCAGGACACCAGAGCAGAGAAUCAUCUUCACAGAGAACAGCAUUGAAUCUGAACUUGGUGAAGUUCUGGACAAAUUCAAAUCAAAUCUGAUAAAGAAGUUUGAGUGUCUAUAUGAGGGAACAUCAAAGCAGGGAAACCCGACACUCCUGAAUGAGAUCUACACAGAGCUCUACAUCACAGAGAGUGAAUGUGGAGAGAUCAAUAAUGAGCAUGAGGUGAGACAGAUUGAGACACAGUCCAGGAGAGCAGCAACAGAGGACACACCAAUCAAAUGCAGUGACAUCUUUAGACCUUUACCUGGACAAGACAAACCCAUCAGAACUGUGCUGACAAAGGGAGUCGCUGGCAUUGGAAAAACAGUCUCUGUGCAGAAGUUCAUCCUGGACUGGGCUGAAGGGAAAGAGAAUCAGGAUGUUCAUCUCAUAUUUCCACUUCCUUUCAGAGAGCUCAAUUUAAUACGGGACCAUAGCCUCAGCCUUUUAGAUCUGCUUAACGUUUUUUUCGCUGAAACAAAACAUCUGGAUAUUUCCAGCAGUAAAUAUAAAGUGUCAUUCAUCUUUGAUGGUCUGGAUGAGUGUCGUCUGUCUCUGGAUUUUCAGAGCGAUGUGAGAUUGUGUGAUGUAAGCGAUCCAGCCUCAGUGGACGUGCUGCUGACGAACCUCAUUGUGGGGAAUCUGCUUCCCUCUGCUCUCAUCUGGAUCACCUCCAGACCAGCAGCAGCUGAUCUCGUCCCAUCUGAGUGUGUCCAUCGAAUGACAGAGGUACGAGGCUUCAGUGACCCACAGAAGGAGGAAUACUUCAGGAAGAGAAUCAGGGAUCAGAGUCUGGCUGACAGGAUCAUCUCACACCUGAUGUCAUCAAGGAGCCUCUUUAUUAUGUGUCAAAUCCCAGUGUUCUGCUGGAUCUCAGCCACUGUUCUAGAGAAGAUGUUGAGCGAAGCAGAGAGUGGAGAGAUUCCCAAGACUCUCACUCAAAUGUACACACACUUCCUGAUCAUUCAGACCAGCAUCAAACAUGAGAAGGAUUAUGAGAAGACAGUGAAAGAUAAAGACAUGAUUCUCAAACUGGGGAAGCUUGCUUUUCAGCAGCUUAGGAAAGGAAACCUGAUCUUCUAUGAGGAAGACCUGAGAGAGUGUGGCAUUGAUGUGACAGAAGCAUCAGUGUACUCAGGAUUGUGCACUCAGAUCUUCAGAGAGGAGUUUGUGUUGUAUGAGGAGAAAAUGUACUGCUUUGUUCAUCUGAGCAUUCAGGAACAUCUUGCAGCUCUAUAUGUGCAUCUCUCCUUUAUAAAUAAUAACAGAAACAUGUUUGACCAAAACAUUUCACCAACUCAUGAAGCCAAGAGAAAUCAGAUUUCAAUGUCAGACCUGCAUCAGAGAGCUGUGGAUGAGGCGUUAGAUAGUAAAAAUGGACAUUUGGACCUUUUCCUUCGUUUCCUAUUAGGCCUUUCAGUGGAGUCCAAUCAGAAUCUCUUACAAGGUGUAUUAUCACAGACCGGAAGCAACUCUCACAGUAAUGAUGGAACAAUUGCGUUCAUCCAGAUGAGAAUCUGGUGUGAUCCAUCUCCAGAGAAAUCCAUAAAUCUGUUCCACUGUCUGAAUGAACUGGGUGAUCAUUCCCUCAUGGAAGAAAUCCAGCACUAUGUUAAAUCUGGUAAAAUAAAAGAAAUUCAGCUGUCACCUUCACAGUGGUCUGCUUUGGUUUAUGUUUUGCUGACAUCAGAGCAGGAAACUGAUGUGUUUCAACUGAGCAGAUAUACAGGAAAACACAUCACUCCAGAUGAAGCUCUUCUGAAGCUGCUGCCUGUGAUUGAAGAAUCAAGAUCAGCUCAGCUUGAUAAGUAUUUAUCUGAGAAAAGCAUCGCUUCUCUGGCCUCCAUUCUCAGCUCACAGUAUUCAUGCCUGAGAGAACUGGAUCUAUCUGGUAAUACAUUUGGAGACUCAAGUCUGAAGUUGCUCUCUUCUGGGCUGGAGAAUCCUCACUGUAAACUGGAGAUACUGAAGUUGAGGCAUUGUGGUGUCACAGAUGAAGUUUGUGCUGAUCUGGCUUCAGCUCUGAGAUCAAACCCCUCACACCUGAGAGAACUGAAUCUGUCUGGGAAUAAACUAGGAGACAGUGGAGUGAAGCUUUUCUCUGCUGGACUGAAGAAUCCUCACUGUAAACUGGAAAUACUGAGGUUGAAUAAUUGUGAUUUCACAGAUGAAGGUUGUGCUGCUCUGGCUUCAGCUCUGAGAUCAAACCCCUCACACCUGAGAGAACUGGAUCUGUCUGGGAAUUAUCUAGGAGACAGUGGAGUGAAGCUUUUCUCUGCUGGACUGAAGAAUCCUCACUGUAAACUGGAAAUACUGAGGUUGAAGAGUUGUGACAUCACAGGUGAAAGUUGUGCUCCUCUGGCUUUAGCUCUGAGAUCAAACCCCUCACACCUGAGAGAACUGGAUCUGUCUGGGAAUAAUCUAGGAUACAGAGGAUUGAAGCUUUUCUCUAAUGAACUGAAGAAUCCUCAGUGUAAACUGGAAAUACUGAGGUUGAGCCGUUGUGGUGUCACAGGUGAAGGUUGUGCUGCUCUGGUUUCAGCUCUGAGAUCAAACCCCUCACACCUGAGAGAACUGGAUCUGUCUGGGAAUAAUCUAGGAUACAGUGGAGUGAAGCUGCUCUCUGAUGGACUGGAGAAACUUCACUGUACACUGGACAAACUGAAGUUGAGUUAUUGUAGAGUCACAGAUGAAGGUUGUGCUGCUCUGACUUCAGCUCUGAGAUCAAACCCCUCACACCUGAGAGAACUGGAGCUGUCUAGGAAUUAUCUAGGAGACAGAGGAGUGAAGCUUUUCUCUGCUGGACUGGAGAAACCUCAGUGUAAACUGGAAAUACUGAGGUUGAACAGUUGUGGUGUCACAGGUGAAGGUUUUGCUGCUCUGGCUUCAGCUCUGAUAUCAAACCCCUCACACCUGAGAGAACUGGAUCUGUCUGGGAAUUAUCUAGGAGACAGUGGAGUGAAGCUGCUCUCUGAUGGACUGAAGAAACUUCACUGUACACUGGACAAACUGAAGUUGAGCCAUUGUGGUGUCACAGAUGAAGGUUUUGCUGCUCUGGCUUCAGCUCUGAGAUCAAACCCCUCACACCUGAGAGAACUGGAUCUGUCUGGGAAUAAACUAGGAGACAGAGGAGUGAUGCUGCUCUCUGAUGGACUGACGAAUCCUCACUGUAAACUGGAAAUACUGAGGUUGAGCCGUUGUGGUGUUACAGAUGAAGGUUGUGCUGCUCUGGCUUCAGCUCUGAGAUCAAACCCCUCACACCUGAGAGAACUGGAUCUGUCUGGGAAUAAACUAGGAGACAGAGGAGUGAUGCUUCUCUCUGAUGAACUGAAGAAUCCUCACUGUAAACUGGACAAACUGAAGUUGAACAGUUGUGACAUCACAGGUGAAGGUUGUGCUGCUCUGGCUUCAGCUCUGAGAUCAAACCCCUCACACCUGAGAGAACUGGAUCUGUCUGGGAAUAAACUAGGAGACAGUGGAGUUAAUCUUUUCUGUGAUAUACACACUUCACGUCAGUUGAAAAUGCUGUUUUAAAGCAUUAUUUCCUGGUUUUCUUAAGUUUUACCUGUGGUAGAAAUUCACCUGUAAAAUAAAGUCAGACAACUCAGUUGUAAAAAUGAAUCAGUCUUAUUCCAAAUGACGCUGGGCUGCCUCUCUGCAGAGAGCUACUAAAGUGAGCUCUAAAAAUAAAUUUAUUUAGUAAAAUCAUAACAAUUCAUUUAUUACUGAGACAGACUUUAAAAAUUGAUUGAAUAAAUAAAUUGACAGAUCAUCAUAAAGCCUCCUACCUUCUUUUACCAUGCAUGUGCACCUCAAGUACAUCUUCAUCUACCUUGAUCUUCCUCAAAAUCAAAUAAUGUUCUUAACUUAUGCACAUAAAUAUUUUUUACUUGGAAACAUCUUAUUUGAUUCCUUAGAUUCUCCCAAGGCCUUCUGUUAUGUGUGUGACAGCCGAUUUGUCAUGUAACUGACACGUGACACAAGAUUUGACAGCUGUUUCCACUUGUGCGUCCAUGCCAGGCCACCAGUAGAGUUCUCUCAGCCUCCUUUUCGUCCUCACGAUGCCCUGAUGUGUGUCGUGUGCAAGCGCAAUGAACUUGGGCUGGAGACAUUCUGGAACUAGGAGGCGGCUGGUCCCAUGCACCACACAACUAUCCUGGAGUGAAAGUUCAUGACGUACUUGAAAAUAUGUCUGUAAAGCACGAUCCAGUGCUUUUGCACACUUUGGCCAUUUUGAAGUGAAUAGUCUGCAUAGCUCGGCUUGAAUAGGACAAGAAUCGCAUGUUGCUUUGAACUCAGAGCUGGUUAUUGCAGUGAGCGUAGAAGUGAGUGCUACAACUUCAACAUCAUGUUCCAGACUAGGUUCAGUACUAGGCAGUGGUAAGCGAGAUAAACAGUCUGCAGUCACAUUCUCACACCCUGGCUUAUACUGAAUGUCGUACGUGAAUGCCAUCAGCCUAGCUGACCAUCUGGCUAUGCGCAUACCGGCUCUGCCUUGACCGUUAGAUGUCAAAAGAGUGGUCAGUGGGCUGUGAUCUGUCCGCAGUAUGAAGUGUCGUCCCCACAAGUAGGUCCUCCAUCUCUCUAUGGCCCAAACACAUGCUAGUGCUUCUUUUUCUACCAUGGAGUACUUCCUUUCUGCUGCUGUAAGGGUGUGUGAGGCAAAUGCUACUGUUUUCUCUGUGUUGUCUGCAUGCAGCUGGGUAAGAACAUAUCCAAUUCCAUAGUCUGAGGCGUCUGUGGUCAGUUCUGGAUUGAAAAGUGUGAGGGCAGCACUAUUCACAAUAAGUCUCUUUACAGUCUCAAAGCUCUCAAAGCUCUCCAGAGCCUCAGGUGACCACAUGCAUGGAAAAGCCUCGUAAAAGCAUGUGCAUUGGCUCCACCAUGGUAGCAUAUUUUGAUAUGAACUUAGAAUACCAUGACGUAAGCCCCAGAAAUGAAUGAAGACUAACCUCGUCAGCCAUGGGCGGAGCGUCUGCCACUGCAGAGACAUGCGAAGCAUCAGGCCGCAUUCCUUUCCCAGACACCGUGUGGCCCAGAAUGGCAUUUCUGGCUGUCUGAAGUGACACUUUGCUGUGUUCAGUUUCAUUCCUGCCUUAUGAUGUUUUAUUAACAAAAUUCGGGAGGAGCAAGUUCAGAUAAUUAACCUAAUUAGCACAGGUGGAGAGCAUUCAGUUAAUCAACUCAACCAAUGUCAAAGGUAUAAAUUCAGCAGACUGACUUCUGUUCAUCUGAGAGUUUAUCAGCAUUAGGCCUCGCCCUACAUUCCGUCUAAAAUCGAGCUCUCGCCGUCUGUCCGAUGAAAAAUUCUUCGUCCUCAAGGAAUCUUACCUCAAUUUUCUGGCCUAAAAAGUGAUUAUCCUCCACACCGCACCACCGCCGAUCCCUCGGCGUUGUCUCGCGGGUCUUGGCGGUCUUGGCCCAAACAAACUGGCCCAGCAUGCCGAGGCCUACCACGGGCAACAUAUCCGCGAUCUUUUUCCCCGUCUUUCUCAUCUCCAACUCAAUCUUUCCGGCCAUAAAGAAAUGGAUAAUAAAGCCCCUCAAACACCAAGCUCGUGUCUCGGGCAAUGCUGCCCAAUUCCCGCAAAGGAGUGGGCCUUCCUCCACAGUCAGGCCGCUGCAACAGGCUCUCAACAAGCCGCGCCGCUGAUUCAUUGUCGGCCAGCUUUCUCUCCACCCUGCUGGCUCAAAACUGUAAAAAACACAGCUCAAAUCCUUUUCGUUUUCCCUGGUUGAACUUGCUUCGCUUUGGUCACUAAAUCACAAGAACAGUUCAUGCUAUCUGGAUACUCAAUUUUGAUCGGAAGAAAUAUGUUUUGAAAUUUGAACCGUUUUCAUAGAUUUGCCAUUUCUAAUCUAAGGCGCUGUACAAACAGCUCGGACAUCAUGUGCAGUCAGAUCGCAUGCACAGUUGCAGAAUUAAUAAGAACUUAACGUCAACGCUGUCCUGAGAUAAACAUAAAAUAUAACGCUAUAUAAUUUUCAGCUCUAACCGAUUUGUUUCUGUUUUGAAGUAACUCAAAACCCAGCUUCCGUUAAAGAGACGCUGCACAGACUGGUAAGACAAUUUCAUACACUCAUUCAUUCUCACUAAUGGAUUCAAAUAAAUUCCACGACUGUAUCUGUAUAAAAUAAUUAAUGUUAAGACUCAGAUAACUGAUGAAAAUAACUGUUGAGGGUUCCUCCUAGUGAUGGGAGAAACAAAGCUUUUGAAUCAAUUGAACCGCUUUGAGAAAUGAUUCGGUUUCCCUCGAAUCGUCACACGCUGGUGAUGUCUACUGGUCAGAGGUAAAUGCACCGUAGUCAGUUCAAGCAUGCAUGGGAAAACAUUUUCCAAUCAGCUGCAACUGUUUUAAGUGUUAAAUGCUAUUAACAAUUAUCUACACCAUUAGAUAAUACUAUAGCUGAUGUAUCGCGGUAAUGCAGUAUACAAAAUGGACCGAAUUUUCAUAAAUGUAUAAAACAGACCAGAUUUUUCUCUUAAUGCUUCAUUAAUAAUGAGAACAGGCUUUGUUACCAAUCAAUGAAUCAUUGUAAACGCAUUCAGCAGUGUACGUUCAGCAGAAGCUGCCUCAAGUUACAUGGAAUUUAUGCAUUUGCACUUCAAUUAUAAUAAAAAAAUAAUAAUAAUAACUAAAUAAAAAUAAUAAUAAUAAUAAUGAAUCGCUUAGUGAGUCAGCUACUCGUCUGACUCAUUCAAAACAGAUUCAUUUAGAAACUAAACAAAAACAAUGCUCUUGCUCGCGUCAUAAACUAUCAGCAGCAUUUUUUCUGGCAUGAAAUUUCCAACCUGGACUGGAGAGCAGUACUAAAACUUAAUACAAUGUUUAUUUAUAUAUAUAUAUAUAUAAAAAAAGUAAAUAAAUAAAAAUAACGAGUGCAAAGCUGCUAUAUUGAUGAAUGGAAUUGCAUUUGUCUGAAUCGUCUUAGCAAAGAUGUUUUUAUAAAUAAUUACACCUGUUCCAGAAGUGAAACUUUAUCUUAAAAAGGUGCAACUUUAUCUUAUUGCAAGAUUGGGGAACAAUAAGGCACUACACAACAUUUACCACACUGGGCACAGUAGACAAGCAAUGGCAGUCUCAAUUUAAAGAUUUUGCAUUAAAGUCAUUUUAUUAAAUUGUUGUUACAGUCAUCUUGUUUUGUUUGCUUUAUGAAGGUCGCCAGCAAGAUCAGUGCACAGAUUUGAUCUGAAAUUCAGGCCGCUGGCUCCAAAGGUGGACCCUGACCCAACCUAUUCACUUUUCCAAAUAUUUGUUACGCACAGGACAGCAACCAAAUCAAGUCAGUUUUGUAGAGCUUUUUACAUGCA